AUGUCCUUCAACACACCCAACGCCCGCGGCGGCUCCUUCCUCGACGAUGACGACCCCCUCUUCUCCUCCGCCAUAAUGGACACCACAACCCGCAACAUCACGGCCUCCGCCCGCACACCCACCGCCCGCCUCCGCACCAUCGACCCCCCCUCCUCCGCCUCCGCCCUCCAGACCCCCUCGAACCCCCCGCCCUUCCGCAGCUCCCUCCGCAGCUCCGCCUACCGGAACCCGGCCACGCCGGGCCUGUCGGCCUCCGUCCGGCGCAGCAUGGCCGCCACGACGCCCCACGCCCGCGCCGCCUUCCGAACCCUCGACCAGCGCCGCGCCGCGGCCCUCACCCCCGGCGGCAAGAAGCGCAGGGAGAGCAUCCGGCCCAGGAGAGAGUCUCUGCACGGCGUCCUGGGCCAGCUGAGCAGGCUGGUGAAACACGGCACCGAGCCGAUCCCGUCGUCUUCCUCGCCUAGCGACGGGGGGAGAGACGGCACGACGUCGCGCCUGCCGAUCAGGAACCGGAGGAGUAUGUACGACGAUGACGAUGACGACGACGAGCUGCCUAUCGACCGGCCCGAGUUGACGCUGCCGCUCGACGCCGACGACGACGACGAUCUUGUCCCGCCUAGGUUGUCGGACAUGAACGACGAGAACGCGACGAUCGAGUUCCCCAGGCGUCAGGAGCAGCCUAGUCGGUACUCCAUGGGUGGCGAGCGGUUGAGCGAGUUCAGGGGUCCCGUGGAUUUCGGCGCGGAUGAUGACGAUGACGAGGGUGGGUUCGACCCGGGCUUCGCGGACUUCGACGAGGAUGGGAGGGAGAGACAGAGGAGCUUAGACAGAAUCGAGGAAGACGUCGCGCGACGAGAGACGCUCGCGUCCGCGAGAGAGAGCGACUUCGGGUUCCAGGUGCCCACCGACGCGGACCAGACGACGUUCAUGAUGGCCGUCGAGGGGCAGAGCUCGCCGGCGCGGCCGCUGCCCGAGAUGACGGACGAGCAGCCGUCGCUUAGGAUCGAGCCGCUGCCCGCGCCGGUCGAUUUCGACGACAUGGGCCCGGCCUACGACCUUCGCAGCUCGAGCCCGGAGGACUACGGUCCGCCGCAGCACGACGACGUGAUGGACCUCGCGGGGGCGGACGCGGACGCCACGGCCGAGGAGGAGGAAGACGCCACCGCGCACGCGGAGCAGAGGCCGCGCAAGACGUCCAAGAAGGGCUUGAAGCUGUCGAAAUACGGCACCGAGUACCCCUCGCUCCCGCCCGCCGUCGUGAAGAGGCUGGCUGGGACGUUUGCCAAGGGGAGCGGGAUCACCAAGACGAAGAUCAGCCCCGAGGUCAUGGAGGAGCUCCAGCGCGCUUCGGAUUGGUUCUUUGAGCAGCUGGGAGACGACCUCGCGGCGUAUGCGAAGCAUGCCAAACGGAAAACCAUUGACGAGAGCGAUAUGCUCACGCUCAUGAGAAGACAACGCCAGACCAACUCGACGACCACGCCCUUCUCCUUGGCGCAGAGACAUUUACCCCGGGAGCUGUUGCAGGAGAUGAGAAUGCCCAAGCCGCCCAAGGUCGCGCAGCCGAAAAAGAAGCGCCGCGUGACCAGGGACGGCGAGGAGGAAGUCACUUGA